AUCAUACUAACUUGUUUCUCUCCAGUCACGUUUUCCUCUUACAGUUAUAUACUUUAUUUUUUCCUCCAUAAUUUGAGAUCCUUUCUUUACACAAAAGCAACUAUAUUCAUUUUUUCUUCUUUCUCAUUUUUGUUCAAAAAUUUCAUUAUAGUUCUUUAAACCCCUUUGAAUCAUUUCUCUCAUAGAUAGAAGAUCACAAGUUUAUUUUGGCAUUUUGAAGGUCCCAAGUUUCUCUCAUUUACAAGUUCAGCAAGCAUUUUGAAGAUCCCAAGUUCUUUUAUUGGUAAUUUAGCUUCUGGGUUUUCUUCCAUUUAGAGUUCAACAAGCAUUUUGAAGAACCCAAGUUUAUUUUUGAUAAUUUAGCUUUUGGGUUUCUCCCAUUUCAAGUUCAACAAGAAUUGUGAAGAAAAAUGUUGGGAGAACUCCUCACAAGCAGUUUAGUAUUGGUUCUUGGAUAUGCAUAUCCUGCUUUUGAAUGUUAUAGGACUAUUGAGAAGAACAAAGUUAGUAUUGAAGAACUCAGAUUUUGGUGCCAAUAUUGGAUCAUUGUUGCUUUGUUAAGAAUAUUUGAGAGCAUUGGUGAUGUAUGCAUGGCAUGGCUACCAAUGUACAAUGAGGCAAAAUUGGCACUUAUAAUAUACUUAUGGUAUCCAAAAACAAAGGGAACAGGAUACAUAUAUGAUACAUUACUAAAACCAUAUGUAUCAAAGCAUGAACCAGAUAUUGACAGAGGUUUUCUAGAGUUCAGAGCAAGGGCAUUUGACUUGGCCAUUUAUUACUGGCAAAAUUGCACUGAAUUGGGACAGGCAAAAUUCUUUGAAUUGCUUGAUUUUGUAGCUUCACCAUCUAGAAGAAGUUCACAGCUCAGCUCUGAGCAAAGAAAUGGUACUGACCAUUCCCGCAGACCGCCACCUCCUUCGGCCCCACCAGCACCACCAUCAUCGUCGUCCUCCUUCGGGUUAUUCAGGAGGAACAAGGCACCAUCCGAUAGGCGGCAGCCACCACAAUCGCCACGGCGGUCCAUCUUUCAUCCUUCUAAACCGGAAACGGUUCACGUGCACCCGGAGGAUCUUUACCUAGACCCGGACUAUCUUGAACCCGGUUCAGAUGGCCGGUCCAAAUAUAGGCGCUCCAACUAAGGGCAUCAGUUAGUCAAUCAAUAGUUUACUAGUACUAGAAAUAGUAACAAAUUGGUUUACUAGAAAUAGUAUAAGAAUUUUGUACAUUGUAAUUUGUAAAUAACCAAAAUGGAAGAAAAACACUCAGAUUUUUUUGAAAUGUUUUUUUUAUUGAACUUUUUUCCUGCUCCA